UGUGGUUGUUAACAGUAGCAACUAACUAGCGUUGAGCGUCGUCCUCAAACAUGCUGUGAUUUUACAGCUGGCAGGCUUGGAGGACAGAGAUGGCAGUGUGUGCACUGACCAUGUUGGAUGGGAUGGAGGAUGAGGUGACAGCAGCAGGUGGUGUGUUGCUCCUGGCCCUGGCCCUGGUCCUGGCUUGGCUCUCGACCCACGUGGCCGACCGGGGAGACCAUAUACUGGGCACGAUCCUCACCGUGGGCGCUCACGCCUCUCUGAUCGGACUGGGAGGCCACGACAGCUACAGCGGAGGGUCUCCCAGCGCCGACACCCCCGAGCAGCAGACUCCUCCACCUUCGCAGGAGAACAAGCCGGAUGACGGCGAGCCGGGGACUGAGAGAGGAGAGGGUGAGGGGACAGGGGAGGGAGCUGAGGGGGUCAGGACAGACCUGCUGCUGGACAUACAGAGCAAACAACCACAGGCUGGAAUGCUGCAUACGUCAGAUGAGGAGGACGAUGAAAUUGAUGAGGAUGAUGAUGAUGAUGAUGAUGAUGAUGAGCUGGAGGAGGAAAAUAAAAAGAUUCUGAAGCAUAUCCCACUGUUGUCCAGCACCAUUUCCCCCACCACUACCACGUGCAUCUCUGUCCGUCUGAAGUUUUUAAACGACACGGAGGAGGUAGCUGUUGUAGAACCGCAGGAUACCGUGGGAGGACUGAAGAGUAAAUACUUCUCAGGUCGGGAGCAUCAAAUAAAACUUAUCUACCAAGGCCAGUUGCUGCAGGAUCCCAAGAGGACUCUGUUAUCCUUAAACAUCACACACAACAGCGUGAUCCACUGCCACAUUUCCCAGGCCCUGCACGAGGCCACUCCAGAGGAAGGGGCUCAGUCUGGGGCCGGAGCAGGAGUCGGGUCUGGGGUCUCUGGAGGAUUCAGGGCUGCUGGCAUGGCCAUCAGCACCAGCAGCCUGGUGGUGCCUGUGUUUGUGGUGAUACUGGCUGUGGUUUGGUACUUUCGCAUCAACUACAGGCAGUUUUUCACCGCGCCUGCGACCAUCUCCCUCGUGGGAGUCACUGUGUUCUUCAGCUUUCUGAUAUUUGGGAUGCACAGCCGCUGAGAACGCAGAGAGAGAGCACACGCGUACAGCUGAAUGUUGUGAGGUAAAAUAAAAAUAACUACAGCAGUGGGUGGCGUCUGGAGGCUCGGACUAAUCAAAAAGGGGGCUUGGAGCUGAUGCCACAGCUGAUUGGGUUCCUGCAGAGCGUGAACAAGUGUGUGGGUGGCUGGGUGAGCCUGUUUGUGCAUGUACCAAGAUAAAAAAAAAAAACAGAUGAGCAAUUGUUCAGUAAACGUGGGGUAAAUAAUAAUCUGCAGCGAGUGAAGUUAAGCUAAAACUAAACCACAGUUUAGCUUCUCCUCAAACAUGACUUAGUGGUUCACACCAUAUUUAAACACUCUCUCUUGUCUACUCUUGUAUUGUUGCUAAAGAUUUAAGAUACUUUUCUGUGCAGCAUUGUUUUUGAAGCCAUUGUUUCUGUGUUAAAAAACUACAAUUAACUGAUAGAUACCAGAAUCUAAAAUCUUUUGGAACCAGUCACUGUUGUGCUGUGUGUGCCAGUUUAACUCUUUACCAUUAUUUUGUGUUAUCUGAAUGAUUCAAGCUCUGCGUAAGCAAAUAAGGACUGUACGGCUGCCUCAGUGUUAUGCUGAAAAUUUCCAAUUUUGUCGCUCAAAAACCGUUGCUAUGUAGAAAUAGGCUAAUUUAAAUAAUCACUAGACAUGAAAAUAUACUUUUUUGAGAAGAUAUUGUAAAUAUAUUGUGUAUUUUCUGUAAAUAAAAUGAUAGAAUGAAUCAGAUGAACCUGCAUCUGGCACUUAAAGAUUUGGAGGGGGGACACAACCCUCCUGAUUAUGCUGGACUGCUCUGGCUUCAGUGAUGUCUCAAAUUAAAGCAUUUCAA